AUGAUCAACGAGGAUACAGACGUUCCCCUUCAUAAUAACCCUCAGAACGCGAAAGAUACUGUAGAUGUUCUACCAUCCUUUCCCCUUCCUGAUAGCCCUCAGCGCGCAAAAGAUACGUUAGACGUUAUACCGGCUUUUCCCCUUCCUGAUAGUCCUCAGCGCACGAAUUCUUCGCAAUCCAAAAAACUUACUCCUCUUGAAAAAGCAAACAAAAUACGACAAAAAGUGUUUUUAGAACCUGGUCAUUCUGCUCUAGAUUGGGCAAGGCUGAAAAAUAGCGAUGUUGAUUUGACG